UAAUAAGCACCUUCAGAUCGCAUCGCGCUUGUCUGCGGUGUAUUACGGUGUAGAUCCAGGUUCCAUGACUGUUCCUGGUAUUUCUUGGCGUUCAUACAGUACCCGUGUCAAACUUUAAAGCUAUUCUCAUCGACACCGAUUUCGCGUUUGUUUUGUUUCCACGAGGAAACCAUUACGUGGCGAGUGCAUUUACUCUAGCAAGACUGCUUAUAUUCGAAGGAAGCGGUACAUUUUUAUGUGGAAGUGAAAGCGGACCUGUCAUUUCCUUGUUGCCUGCCGUGUCCCGUUUGUUCAUGCAAUUUGAAUUUCACAAGCUGCACAGACACAAACAGUCCUCAAACAGAACAGCGAUGUGGUUGCAUUUGGUUUGAGACAUUUGAAGAGCCACGACGUAACACACUUUCAACAGGUUUGAUGUCUGCCUAUUGAUGACACAGCUGGGGGCUGUGUAUAGACCAAAAAAACAAAAAAACAAAAACGUGGAUCAACCCCACGACCCCCUUUUUUUAAAGGGCAACAGCACCAUCUGCUGUUCCAAACAGUUAAUUCUUCCACAGUUUGGACGAGUGUUUUGAAGCAAUGCACACCUAUCACAGCAAUGGUUCCCGUCUGUCAACAUGUGUUAUCCUCAUAUGUUAUUUACUGAUGGGAACACAUCACUGUGUGACUCCACCCAAGAAGGACUCCUGCUUGGUGAAGGACGGCAAAGCCGACUGUAGUCACCUCAGGCUCAGUGCGAUCCCUGCCAACCUUCCUAGCAACAUCAGCAGUCUGGAUAUGUCUCACAAUAGAAUGGUGCGGAUUCCCCCGGAGUCGCUAAAACAAUACCCAGGGCUUCUCCACCUCAACAUGGGUUACAACAGCGUUACUAAGCUGAAUGAGCCGUUUUGCCUGGUGCUGCCCCUCCUGCAGACACUGAACAUGGUUCGCAAUGAAGUGCAUCUGCUGAAGGAGACCGACCUGAGUAACUGCACCAGUCUCACUUGGUUAAGUUUGGCCAGCAAUAGGCUGAAGAUUAAAGGAGAACCCUUCUCUGCGUUAAAGAGCCUGGAAUUCCUCGAUAUCUCCAAUAACAACCUGCAAUCAGCCAAGCUUGGCUCCCAGCCUCAGAUGCCCAGUCUUUUAAACCUCAACCUUGCGUUCAGCGUGUUCACCACGCUGAAGAAGGACGACUUCACUUUCCUGCGCCUCUCACCGUUUUUGCAAGUUCUAAAUCUCUCAUCUGUGCCUUUGAAAAGUUUGGAGCCUGGUUGUUUUAAACCAAUCGCAGGCCUGCAUGCUGUCAUUAUGGAUGGAAGCAAUAUAGGAAGUCCAGUUAUAUCCCAACUCUGCUCUGAACUGGGGGAGACGUCUGUCCAAAGUUUGUCUCUUCGGAAGAUGAAGCUGGUCACACUCAAGAACACAACCCUGUCGGGACUGCAGAAAACCAACCUAACGUUUCUCGACCUGUCUCAAAAUGACAUGACAAAAGUUGAAGAUGGCUCAUUUCAGUGGCUGUCGAAACUUGAGAUUCUAAAGUUGUCCGAUAACAACUUCAAGCACCUGAACAAGUUCACUUUUCGAGGCCUCAAAAGUCUCAAGAAACUCCAACUGACUAAGGCUCUAGUGAAAACACGUUCCACGCCUAUUGUUGAUGAUUUUACUUUUCAACCACUGGGCGCACUGGAGAGUUUAAUUUUACAGAGAACUGCCGUAUGGGAAAUCACUGAGCACACAUUCACCGGAUUAGUAAGUCUUCAAGAGCUUGAUAUGAGUUGGAGCAGUUAUGCGUCACUCAGGAUAAUUACCAACAAGACCUUUGUCUCUCUUGCCGGUUCGCCUCUCAGAACCUUAAAUUUGACUGGCACAGCCAUAACAAGGAUCAAUCCUGGAAGCUUUUCACAUUUGAGAAACCUUACAGUUCUCCUCUUGGAUUUUAAUUUCAUACAGCAAACAUUCACUGGCUCCGAGUUCGAAGGCCUAACCCGAGUCGAGGAAAUGCACAUGAGCAAUAACCACUGGAAAGUCAAAGUGAGCUCUACUUCAUUCCUUCAUGUGCCCAAUCUUAGGGUCCUGACAUUGGGCAAAAGUCUCAACAACUCAGCAGUGAACCUGGAUGUGGAUCCCUCUCCGUUCAAACCCUUGACCAACCUCACCUUUCUGGAUCUUAGCAACAACAAUAUUGCAAACUUCAGAGAGAAUUUGUUGGAGGGCCUCAUAAACCUGGAGGUGCUAAAGCUCCAACACAACAACUUAGCACGCCUGUGGAAGAGUGCUAACCCAGGUGGUCCUGUGCUGUUUCUCAAAGGGGCACAGAACCUAGUGACCUUACAGCUGGACAGUAAUGGGCUGGAUGAGAUACCACGCGGGGCUCUAAGAGGUUUGAGGAACCUGAGUAAACUAUACCUGGCAAAUAAUCUCCUGAACAGUCUGAAAGACUCAAUAUUUGACGAUCUGGUGGCUCUGCAAGUGUUAAGUUUGCAGAAGAACCUGAUCACGACCGUGAAGCCCGAAGUAUUCAAGGCGCCCACCAGUAAUCUCAGUGUACUCUUAAUGGAUAAAAACCCAUUCGACUGCACGUGUGAAAGCAUCCAGUGGUUCGUGACGUGGUUGAACGAGACAAAUCUGACCGCUGUGCCUGACCUCAGUGACCAGUACAUGUGCAACACUCCACUGGCUUAUUUUAACCACUCAAUCAUGACAUUUGACACUUACCCCUGCAAAGACAUGGUGCCAUUUCAGGCUCUUUACAUAUUCAGCAGCACAGCUGUAUUGCUGCUGAUGGCAACAGCGUUUUUAGUGCGCUUCCAGGGCUGGAGAAUUCAGUUCUAUUGGAACAUACUGAUCAGUCGGACAUUGGGGUUCACAAACAGAGAUGGCAGCAGGGAAUUUCAGUAUGACGCCUACAUCAUCCAUGCUGAGGACGACACACACUGGGUGGAGAGGGUAAUAGUUCCCUUAGAGAAUAAUAACUGCAGUUUCUAUCUGGAAAGUCGGGACGCCUUACCUGGGAUGCCACAACUUCAAAAUAUUGUUGACAAUAUGAGGGAAUCCCGGAAAAUCUUGUUUGUCGUCUCGGAACAUCUUCUCAACGAUCCUAUGUGUAGAAGAUUUACAGCCCAUCAUGCACUUCACCAGGUCAUCGAAGAGAGCAGAGACUCUGUGGUUCUGGUGUUCCUGCAGGAUGUGCACGACUUUAAGUUAUCCAGCUCGCUCUUCCUCCGCAGGGGGAUGUUGCGCUCGCGCUGUAUCCUGGAGUGGCCCGGACAUAAGGAGCGACUUCAAGCAUUUCAUCAGAAGCUUCUCAUAGCACUCGGCCUGACUAAUCAAUUCAGGAUGUGACAGUGUUUCACAGAUAAUUACAAAAACGUCAAGUCAUGAUCAAUUACAACAGUUUUUUUCAUGUCCUAUUACUUAAUUUUUUUUAUUCCAUUUACACAUGUUCAUUAUCUCAUUUGGUGGAAUUUGUCUUUGCGCUCAUUAAAUGUCAAUGGUAAUGAUGUCUGAUUACAACUAAUGGUUGUGUAAGAUGCGACAACCCUUGUACAGGAUGUGCUUUAGAACCUAUACCCCAGUUGGCAGUGGUGUAGUUGUUAUAUAAACAUUACAAUGUGGAACAUUGGCAGUCUGCACAAAUGGUUGUAUGUAAUUUUUACCUCCUACUGAUUCCUCUACUUGGGUAAACAUGUCCUUCAAAGCGAAAUAGAAGAGGUAUAGAACUAGCUCACUGCAAAGUCAGGAAGAGACUUAUCAAGAAAUCCUCACUUUUCAUACGGCUUCAAAAAGAGAGAAGAUCUUCAUAGCUAAUGAAAGAUCAUUUUACCAAAUAUAUCAUAGAUAACGAAUAAUAAACAACAUUUCUUUAGUUAAGUGUUUGUACAAAUACAAAAAGCUUUAAGUCAAAGGUAUUUUUUUUUCAGUCUGAAUGCCACAGUUGUGCCUCUUCCACUCUGAUUAACACAGUGCUCUCCUUUAAUCUAACAUAGUGCGCCCCUCGUGGAUGAUUUAGGAAUAGCAUAUUAUGAAGAAUUUUUUUUUUUUUUUUUUACAUUUUUAAAAUUCAUCAUGCCGGCCAGAUUUUGUUUGA